AUGGAUUCAUAUUUCGUCAGUGACCAACGCAGACGUUGUGUGAAAGUGUUGUUUCCCGAAGUGUGUCUGCUAGUCGAUUUCGAGUCUUUCUGUAACUCGUCGCAACAAAAGUUUUUCGUGGUAAUCGAAAAAAUUGAUACGCAGAACCUGAUCCAAAUACGAUUAACUCAGAUGAAUGAUCGUUCGAAAAUUUGCAUUAGUACCAUUGAUAACGCACGCUACGAAGAAAUCCGAACGCAGCAGUCUUUGCACGUUACAUUCCAAGGGUUCAUAGAUCAUUUAAUAAAAAUCUUGGAAAGUUGCAAAAGCGGCGAACUGCAUAUCGCUCUGAGCAACGGAACGAGCGGCCAUGUGAUGCACUUAUAUGAAAAACGUGCGUUUAAGAAUUUAACACAUCUGUUCUUACCGAUGGAAUUCGCACCCACCGAAACCGUGCUUUACCACAUCAAUGAAUCACUUCAAACGCUUCAAGCACAAACAACUUCCUUUUCUGCUGAACUAAACAAAUGUCAACUCGAAAUAGACUUUAAAGAUGGUACUAUCGAGAAACUUACUAAUGAAAUUCGAGGAUUGAAAGGAAAACUAAUUGAUCAAGAAAACUUAAUAUUUAGCCGCAACACGGAAGAAGUCAAGCAACUAUAUCAAACUAUAAAACACAUGGAUGAAAGCAAAGAUAUUGAAGAAAAACGCUAUAAAGCCAUCAUCAACAGCAUGCAGGAGAAAAUAGAUCAGCUCACAAAGGAAUCUUCUGACCGUGCGGAACGGAUGGUCCAGGAAGCAAAACAUAAUAAUGGCGUCCGUGAAGAGAAUUCCAAACUGCUUAACCUGAAUGAAAAAAUCAAAGAUGAGCUCGAACGACUAAGAAAAGAGCUAUCAACGAAGCAAAAUCGAGAAGGCAAAGCAGAAGGUGCAAUCGUUGAUAUGAGAAAACAGUUUCACGAUAUGCAAACCAAAAUGAUAUUUAUGGAGAAACUACGAUCAGAAAUGGAGGCAGAACUGGAAGCGGAGAAAAACAUUUGCCAAACGAAAAAAAAGGCGUUGCAACUUACGACUGAUGAGUUAGCGAAAACAUUGGUUGACAUGAACAGUUUAAGGAACGAAAAUUUGGAGCUUAAAAGCAAAGUAGAUCGUCGUACAGAAAUUGCUAUGCGCCAAGAAAAGAUGAUGAUAGAAAAGGACAAACAGCUGAAAGAACUGAAUGAUACUCUUAUGAAUAUACAACAGGAACACAUUCGAAAUCGGGCCGCCAACGAAGAGCACGCUCAAACUGUAAAACGAAUAAAGGAACUUUCCAAUGCCAUCGAGGAGAAAUAUCGAAAAAAAAUCAACGAUAUGAUAAUGAAAAUUUCCAACAAUGUUAAGCAUGAUGAAAUGUCUGUGAUGGGUAAUCAUCUUUUUCCUGCCAAUGUUGCCAAUACAAUGGACUCUCAUUGAAUCACAUUUUAAUGUUCUGUUGUGUUGGUCUGAACGUAAUAAA